AUGGUUGAAGCUAUACAACAAGCCAUUAAAAUUGAAAGGCGUGUCCUCAGUACUUCUAGACAAGCAAAUCCACGACAAGCUCGUUAUCAAUAUUAUUAUAAAUCUGUCGGACCAUAUAAUUCUUCUUAUGGUUACCAAAGUGAAAAGGAUUCAACAGUCUUUGUUGAUCCAUAUUCACAUGGGUCAACUAUCUUUGUUGAUCCACAUGACAGAAGUGCAAGCCAACCAUAUCAGCAACACCAAACAACAUCUGUUCCUGCAGACAAUGCUCCAAUGAUGAAUAUAUCAUCUGCUAAGCUACCUCAGGCUAAUCCGCAACGAGAUUUUGCUCGCAAUACUAGAGGUAAUCAAUUUCAACAAAACUUUCCACCAUCGUCUAAACCCUCUAAUCCUUAUUCAAAGUUUCGAGGAGAUAAAUGUAACAAGUGCAACCAAACUGGCCAUACUUCUAGUGAUUGUCGCAAGUUUCAUGCUUACAUUAAUGAAACUCAAGAAGAAACACAAGCAGAAGAAGAAUUAGGAGAUGAUCAGAUUUACUUGUGGCCUUUACAAUCUUCUUCUUCUCUCAAAGAACCAGCAGACAAGAAGACAACUGCGUUAGUAGCUACUAUUGUUCAAUCUUUGAAUACUAAUUCUUUGAGCUCUCAUGAAGUUACUAAACCUAUGGUGGAGAUUCCAGACAAGGUACAACCUUUAUUGUCUUCUUUUAGUGACUUACUUCUUACUGAGUUACCAAAUGUUUUACCUCCAUUAAAAAUUCUACAACAUCAAAUAGACUUUAUACCUGGAAGUUUUAUUCCUAAUCAACCUCAUUAUAGGUUAAGUCCUAAAGAACAUGAGAUAUUACAAGGUCAAGUUGAUGAUUUGUUACAAAAAGGUUUAAUAAGACUAAGCAAAAGUCCUUGUGAUAGUCCAACCUUUUUAGUAGACAAAAAAGAUGGUGGAUAUCGUAUGUGUAUAGACUGUAGAGCUUUAAACAGACUUACUAUACCAUAUAGGUUUCCUACACCAAGAAUUGAUGACAUGAUUGAUACGUUUUUUGGUGCUAAAGUCUUUACCAAGCUUGAUUUGCGUAGUGGGUAUCAUCAAAUUCAUAUCCGUGAAGAUACUAGUAUUUAUGUGGAUCAUUCUAAGAUCAAAGCAAUUGUUUAUUGGCCUACUUCCACUUCUAUACGUGAAGUACACAGUUUUCUUGGUCUCACAUCUUUCUAUAGAAGAUUUGUGAGGAAUUUUAGCACUAUUGCAACUGAUAAAAGCUUUAAUCUACUCAAAGAAAAACUGUGUAGCGCACCUGUUCUUGCCAUGCCAAAUUUUGAUAAACCAUUUGAGAUUCAUUGUGAUGCUUCUAUAAUUGGCAUUGGUGUUGUGUUAUCUCAAGAAGGACAUCCAAGCGAUUACUAUAGUGAAAAUAAUUCAGAUACAAGAAAGAAGUGGUCUACUUAUGAGUUAGAAUUAGUUGCUUUAGUUCAAGCUCUUAAGAAUUGGCAUCUUUAUCUUAUUCACAGUGAUUUUGUUGUCAACAAUGAUAAUCAAGCUCUCAAGUUUUUGAAAACUUCAGCAAAGGUGAAUAGGAUGCAUGAUAGAAGAGCUCAUCUUCUAGUUACUCUUAAACAUGAGACUUUAGCUUUUGAUUUCUUGAAAGAUAUUUAUGGUAAAGACAAAUAUUUUAAGAAUUUAUGGGAAAAGUGUGGGUCUUCAACAGGAAGUGUUGACGAUUAUCUUAUUCAAGAUGGUUUUAUUUUUAAAGGGAAUCGUUCGUGUAUUCCACAUUGUUCUUUGCGUCUUCAUCUUAUACAAGAAUUACAUGGAAGUGGCCUUGGUGGACAUUUUGGACGUGAUAAUACUAUAGCUUUGAUUGAAGAACGUUAUUUCUGUCCUUCUCUUAAAUGA